UUGAAAACGAACUGUUCUUGUGAAAAGAUCUAAACCCUUUGCCUUCUCUCCAAAUCCCUAUUUCUCUCACUCAAUUGUUGGGGUUUUACAUUUCCUUAUCUGAAAAAAAGUCACACUCUCUCUGAAUCCGAUAUGAUCACUACUGUUCUUCGCCGAUCUUGCCUCGAUGCGUCAAGGCGGACUCUCUCCGCCUCUCUGACCUCCGUUAACGCGGCUCUGUUUCACCAUCUUACCCCAGCCGCCGCCAGAGUCUCCGAUCUGUCCUCGAUUAGCUCCUCCGAUGUCAAGCCUGGCUUCUCCCUCCCACCCCCGUCACCGAUUCCGUUUGGUGUUAAAGCGAGGGAAUUUCACUUUCAAUCUGGGCCGUCGGAGUUCAGAUCGUCGAUGGUUUCUCCUGCCGGGUUUGCGAUACCUGAGAGUACCGAUAGAGGGAUUGGAGAUUCAGAGAGUGUUGGUAGCAGCAGCGGCGGUGACGGGUUAGCGAUAUCUGAGCUUGGGAUAUCUCCGGAGAUUGUCAAAGCUUUGAAGAGUAAGGGUAUCGAAAAACUCUUUCCGAUUCAGAAAGAUGUGCUUGAGCCGGCGAUGCAAGGUCGAGACAUGAUCGGCCGUGCUAGAACAGGAACAGGAAAGACGCUUGCUUUUGGGAUCCCCAUCAUUGACAAAAUUAUCAAAUUCAACGCUAAACAUGGACGUGGGAGGAAUCCUCUUUGUUUGGUUUUGGCUCCAACAAGAGAGCUUGCUCGUCAGGUUGAGAAGGAGUUUAGGGAAUCUGCUCCAAGCUUGGAUAGUAUUUGUCUCUAUGGAGGUACACCGAUCGGGCAGCAAAUGAGGCAGCUUGACUAUGGUGUUGAUGUGGCCGUUGGAACUCCAGGUCGUAUUAUCGAUCUGAUUAAGCGGGGAGCUCUGAAUCUGACCGAGGUUCAGUUUGUGGUUCUUGACGAAGCUGAUCAGAUGCUUCAAGUUGGAUUCGCCGAGGAUGUCGAAGUGAUAUUGGAAAGGUUGCCUGAGAAACGCCAGAGCAUGAUGUUCUCUGCAACGAUGCCGAGUUGGAUCAGAUCACUCACCAAAAAGUACCUGAAUGAUCCUGUGACGAUUGAUCUCGUUGGAGAUUCUGAUCAGAUGCUCGCAGAUGGAAUCACGACGUAUUCUAUCGUAGCAGAUUUGUAUGGAAGAGCAUCCAUUAUUGGUCCUCUUGUAAGGGAGCAUGCUAAAGGAGGGAAAUGCAUUGUUUUCACCCAAACAAAACGUGAUGCUGAUCGACUUUCAUAUGGAUUUGGGAGAGGCACCAAAUGCGAAGCUUUACACGGAGAUAUAUCUCAGAGUCAGAGAGAACGAAUACUUGAUGAUUUCAGGUGUGGGCGAAUCAAUGUUCUUGUUGCGACUGAUGUUGCUGCCCGUGGACUUGAUGUUCCUAAUGUCGAUUUGGUGAUUCAUUAUGAGCUUCCAAAUAACACAGAGACGUUUGUUCACCGAACGGGGAGAACAGGCCGUGCGGGGAAAAAAGGAAGUGCUAUUCUCAUCCACAGUCGAGAUCAGUCCAGGGCUGUAAAAAUAAUCGAGAGAGAAGUCGGGAGCAGAUUCAUUGAGCUCCCUAGCAUUGCUGUGGAACGUGAAAGUGGAAGCAUGUUUGAAGGAAUCAGUGGUCGAUCUGGUGAUUCCUUUGGAGGAGGCAUGAGAGAUCGCGGUUCGAGCUUUGGUGGUCGUUCAGGUGGUGGAGGUUAUGGCGGUGGUGGAAGUUACGGUGGUGGUGGUGGGCGUUCAGGUGGUUCAAGCAACCGUUAUUCUGGUGGUUUCGGUUCAGACCGUUCUUCUGGUUUCGGUGGCUUUGGCUCGGAUCGUUCUUCUCAGUCAGGCGGAAGAAGCAGCUUUGGUGGUCGCUCAGAUGAUUAUGGAAGCAGCGGUGGCCGUUCAGGCGGUUCAGACCGUUCUUCUUCUGGUUUCGGGGGCUUUGGUUCGGAUCGUUCAUCUCAGUCAGGAGGAAGGAGCAGCUUUGGUGGCUUUGGCUCAAACGAUGGUAAAAGGUCUUACUGAAACGAAGUUGUUGGGUUUGUUUUUGACCCGGUCCGGCAAUAAUUGGUUGAGUAGGAGGAGGAGGAUUCGGUGACUCAAGUAGAUUAGUUAAUACAAGAAGUCGAACUUAUAUAUAAAAUCUGUAGUUAUGUAAUGGGAACAUACUUCUUUUUAUUAAACUAUGUCUUAUGUCAUCAUUGUUCCAUACGAGAUCAGAGAGAAUCUGAGACACGUCGCAUGCUUUUUGUGUUUUUGCAUAUAAAUCAAGAAGUAGUAAAACAAGCAAAAAUAACGGUUGUUGCGG